UAUCACACACAUCCACAUCCUAACCCAACUAUAAUACUUACUCACUCACACACCGACUUUAACUGUGUGGAAAUUGGAAUCAAGAACUCAUAAAAUCCUUCAUCUUUAAGCACCAAUAAUUCACAUCUGCAGCUCAAUCUUCAUCUCAAAUGGAGGAAACAUCAUCACCCAACAAGAAAAGAUUGAUCGCAGAGCUGAUUAAAGGCAGAGAUUCUACCAAAAAGCUUCAGAAUCUGCUUCGCCGGAAAGUUGACGAUGAUGAUGGGUCGGUUUCAGCUGAUGAUCUUGUGAUGAAAAUACUGGGAUCUUUCUCCGACAGCCUUUCGGUGUUGAGUUCUUGCGGAUCCGCCGUGUUAUGUCCAGUUCCGGUGAGUAUGUACGUCGGCUCCUCUUGUUCCGGCGACCGUACGUGUGACUCAGGCGAAAGUGAGAAGAAGCCGGCGCCGGCUGUGAAGGAUCGGAGAGGAUGUUACAAGAGACGAAAAACCGAAGAUUCAAGAGUUAAAAUUGUUGACACCAUUGAAGAUGGUUAUGCAUGGAGGAAAUAUGGACAGAAAGAGAUUCUCAAUGCUAAAUUUCCAAGGUGCUAUUUUAGAUGCACACACAAAACCGAGGGGUGCAAAGCGUUAAGACAAGUUCAAAAAUUGGAAGAUGGAUCACAAAUGUUUCAUAUUACAUAUUAUGGGAAUCACACGUGCCAAAAUACGAACAAAAACACACACAUGUUUUCGGACUCUGGGGCUCUAAGUUUUUUUCUACAUAACUUUAAGGACUCGAACACCAACAAUUUACCAAGCAGCCCCUCAACUAUCACAAACGUUCAUAACACCCCCUCAUUGGAGCAAGAAGAUGAUUCUAAUGUACAGAGUGAUGAACAUAUUUCCUCUAGCAAUUAUGGCCAAUCAUCCAUUGCUUCGUGGAAUGACAUUUUCGAUCAUGGUUCUUCGAUGGAUGAUUUAAAGUUUGAUGAUGCUGUGUUUUGCAAGUUUGAUUAUUAAAAAAUGUAAAAUAAAUGUUGUUAUGAGUUUGUUUAAAUGAACAAGCUUUGUAGGAACUAUGGUUUGUAGGUAGUGAAUAGAUUUUAGAUGGUUGUAUGAUUGUAUCUUAUUAAGGGUUAAUGGGUACAUGAAUGUAGUUAGUAAUGUUACUCUAAUGUAAGUAAUUGGUUAUGUGUCAAUGAAUGUAGUCACAUAACCUUAUUGCAUAUUGUAGUACAAUAAAUGUAUUUACUCAUCACUGUAUCAUAGUGCAUAUUGUAGUACAAUAAAUGCAAUUUCUUAA